AUGGCUUCCGACAGGAGCCAGUGCCAAACUGAUUCCAGUCAUGGUGUGGAUUCAUGGAGAGAUGAGGCCAUCCCAGGGAAUGCUGGUCUCAAACAUAAAGUGAUGGCCCUAAAAUGGGUCAAGAGUAACAUCGCCAACUUUGGUGGAGACCCACAGAACGUCACAAUAUUUGGCGAGAGCGCUGGGGCGGUGUCCUGCCAUUUGUUACAAAUCUCUCCUGCAGCUAAGGAGAAAGGUUUACAAGAAGCUAGAGAAAGUGAAGAAAUAUUCCGAAAAUCAUUAAAGGAAGAUUUACAAGAAACUAUAGCACAAGAGAUCAAAACAUCGCAGAUGAAGAUGGAGUGUAAUCUGAAGAAGGAAAUGCAGGAGUUACAAGAACGACUGAAGAUGGACAUUGACGAGAGAGAGAGGAAGCUACGGAAGAGCGUAGACCAAGUCCAGGGAGACAUGGAGAAGAUGAAAGGAAAGUUGACAAAAAAGAAAGAAGACAAUGUUGAAGAAACUAAAGCUGAAUUGGGAGAAAGGAUCGCCAAGGUGACGCAGAUGCAGAAACAAUGCAAUGAUGCAGUUAAGGGGAUAGGUGAUAGGCAAAACCAACUGGCUGUCAAUCUGAGAAAUGCUAUAGCCGUGCAACGAGAAGAGGAUAACAAGAGGGUUGCAAUGGAGUUCAGAGGAACCACAGAACCGAACAGCGUGAAGGACGCAAUCAUCACACGGAGUCCUAUGGAAAUCUUGAAGAGUAGCAAGUUCAACAAAGUGCCCACUAUCUUGGGUGUCUGAUCUCGCGAAGGAACUGUUCAUCCGAGACGACACCUGCAUAUAGGAAAAUUACAGCUGAUUUUGGCAGUAAUGGCACCUGAGGAACAAAAACUGACGGAGAACAAGGGAACUAUGCGGCAGCUCAAUACAAACUUCCAGAGGCUGUUGCCAGCCGACAUUCCCGAUAAGAGGGAGGAACGCAUCACCGUUGCUCGAGACAUCAAGAGGUUCUACUUUGAAAAUCAACCUGUGGAAGAUUCAACCGUCGAAAUGUAUGGUGACCUGCGCGGCGACCUCUUCUUCGUGUACCCCUCCCUUGUGACUGCCCGAGUGCAAUCUGCAGUCGCCGGAACACAGCCGGUGUAUUUCUAUCACUUCGACGCCGUCACCAAUCUUAACGUGGCCAAGAAGAUCUUAACCAAAGAAGACAUUGCUGGGGCCUCACAUGGCGAUGACGUCGCCUAUUUGUUCUACGGCCAAUUGUUUAAAGACAUACCCAAGGGACCAGAAACGGUGGAAGGAAAAGUAAUAGCGCGUAUGACCCGCAUGUGGACGAACUUCGCCACUAAGGGGAAUCACACACCAGAUUCUGAAGAUCCCAUUUUGUCUGUGACAUGGACUCCAUUCAAGAAAGACAAUCGGUGCUACUUGAACAUCACAAAGGAUGGACUGAGUGUCGAGAGGGACCUCUACAGGGAAAGGAUGGAUUUCUGGGACAAGCUCUACAGACAGUAA